AUAACCCUAACCAAAACAACGACAAUGUUGUUAAAAUUGAUCCCCAUUUCAAUCAGUUGCUAGCCCCUCUGCGAUCUGGGUUUGCUUCAAAAUCCAAUCUUUCCAAGUGAAACCCCGAUAUCCAACGUGGGUUUUCUUCAAAAUGCGAGCUUUUUGAGUAAAAAACUAGACUUUUCCAGGGUUUUUUUUUCAUUAUAAUUGACUGUGAUUAUCGAGUAAUUAUUAUAUAUAACGGUCAAGAUGAGAGGAAACUUGUGGUUUUCAAUCUGGGCUUUGCUUUUAUGGGGUUCUUGUUUGGGGAGAUUUGUGGUUGAGAAGAAUAGCUUGAAGGUGACGUCGCCGGAGUCGUUGAGAGGCGUUUAUGAAUGUGCAAUUGGGAAUUUUGGGAUUCCUCAAUAUGGAGGAACCAUGAUUGGGGUUGUAAUGUACCCGAUAUCGAAUAGGAAUGGCUGCAAGAGAUUCGAUGAGGUCGGCAUUUCGUUCAAAUCGAAGGCUGGAGGGUUUCCUACCUUUGUUUUGGUUGAUAGAGGAGACUGUUUUUUCACAACAAAGGCAUGGAAUGCACAAAAUGCUGGAGCUGCUGCUAUCCUCGUUGCUGAUAACAAAAUCGAGCCUUUGAUCACAAUGGACACUCCCGAAGAUAAUGGAGGAGCCGAGCAGCUCCCAAACAUCACAAUUCCUUCAGCACUUAUCAGCAAAGGCUUUGGUGAUAGCCUUAAGAAAAUUCUAGAAGACGGAAAUAUGGUUAAUGUUAACUUAGACUGGAGAGAAUCUCUACCUCACCCCGAUGAUCGAGUAGAGUAUGAAUUUUGGACAAACAGCAAUGAUGAAUGUGGCCCCAAAUGUGAUAGCCAAAUUGAUUUUGUAAAGAACUUCAAAGGAAUAGCACAAGUACUUGAGCAAAAGGGUUAUACACAAUUUACUCCUCAUUACAUUACUUGGUAUUGUCCUGAAGCUUUUGCUCUGAGCAAGCAGUGCAAAUCUCAAUGCAUCAACAAUGGAAGAUAUUGUGCUCCAGAUCCUGAACAGGAUUUCACUAAAGGGUAUGAUGGGAAAGAUGUUGUGGUUCAGAAUUUACGUCAGGUUUGCUUGUUUAAGGUCGCUAACGAAAGCAGAAAGCCUUGGCUUUGGUGGGAUUAUGUGGCUGAUUUUUCAAUUAGAUGCCCGAUGAAAGAUAAGAAGUACACACCGGAAUGUUCUGAAGAAGUAAUGAGGUCAUUGGGGGUCGAUCUCGAGAAAAUAAAUCACUGUAUUGGGAACAUUGAAGCAGACAGUGAGAAUCCAGUGCUUAAAGCCGAACAGGAUGCACAGAUUGGUAAAGGUGAACGUGGGGAUGUAACCAUAUUGCCCACUCUUGUCAUUAACAAUAGACAGUACAGAGGNAAGCUGGACAAAAGUGCAGUUCUUAAAGCAUUAUGUUCAGGCUUUGAGGAGACUACUGAGCCAACUGUGUGCUUGAGUAAAGACAUUGAAACAAAUGAAUGUUUGGAAAAUAAUGGCGGAUGCUGGCAAGAUAACGCUACCAACAUUUCUGCAUGCAGGGACACAUUUCGUGGAAGAAUAUGCCAAUGCCCUGUUGUGCGAGGUGUGAAGUUUGUUGGUGAUGGGUAUACCCACUGUGAAGCUUCGGGAUCUGGUCGUUGUGAAAUUAACAACGGUGGCUGCUGGAAGCAGACUAAACAUCACAGGACAUACAGUGCCUGUGAUGAUGAUUCGAAGGGGUGCAAAUGCCCGCUAGGUUUUAAAGGUGAUGGGGUCAACUCCUGUGAAGAUAUUGAUGAAUGCAAAGAAAAGACUGCUUGCCAAUGUCCGGACUGCAAAUGCAAGAACACAUGGGGAAGUUAUGAGUGCAGGUGCCGGAGUAAUCAGUUAUACAUGAGAGAGCAUGAUGCAUGCAUAAGUAAGGAGGGAUCGUCAAAGGUCAGCUGGAGCUUUUUGUGGGUUAUGUUCAUCGGUCUUUUUGCAGCUGGACUUGGAGGAUAUGCUGUCUAUAAGUACAGAAUUCGGAGUUACAUGGACUCGGAGAUUCGCGCCAUUAUGGCUCAGUACAUGCCAUUAGACAACGAAGCAGAGAGCGCUAGUCAAAUCCAACUACACGAAGACAUCUGAGACUUGUAAUCAUCACAAUCGUAGUUCUUAUCAUUUGCUUCUUAGUGAGCUUACAUGAAAUUUUUAUGUAAAUUUGUGAGCUCAUAAAUCUUUCCUAUGUUUAUCGGUUAGACGUGCUAGGAUAAUGAGUCAUAUAUGUUAAAUUUCAAUUUCAUUCUCGUAUGAGAAUUAUUGACUUCUCGUUCUAAACUCCAUGCAUGUUUGAGUUGUGAAUGAUGCAAAGUUCUGUU